UUGAUUGAAUGAAAAUGAACGAAUAAAUUAUAUAUGGAUGAAUCUGUGAAUAUGAACGAGUGACACGCAUUAAAAUAAAUUUCGCUUUGUAAUCGUCCUAAGCCAAGUUUGAGUAAAUAAAUAAAUUCUUCAAAUAAAAUGGGACAAAAUCAAUCUGGUGGUGGAAGCGGUGGAGACAAGAAAGACGACAAGGAUAAAAAAAAGAAAUAUGAGCCUCCAAUUCCUACAAGGGUUGGCAAGAAGAAACGUAAAGCUAAGGGACCCGAUGCGGCAUUGAAAUUGCCUCAAGUAACGCCACAUACAAGAUGUCGACUGAAACUAUUAAAAUUGGAAAGAAUCAAAGAUUAUUUGCUUAUGGAAGAAGAAUUUAUCAGGAACCAAGAACGUCUGAAGCCGCAGGAGGAAAAGAUUGAAGAAGAAAGAUCUAAGGUUGAUGACUUGAGAGGAACUCCAAUGUCUGUUGGCAACCUUGAAGAGAUAAUAGAUGAUAACCAUGCUAUUGUCUCCACUUCUGUGGGCAGUGAACACUAUGUGAGCAUUUUAUCCUUUGUGGAUAAAGAUCAAUUGGAACCUGGAUGUUCAGUGCUUCUGAAUCACAAGGUUCAUGCUGUUGUGGGGGUGCUAGGUGAUGAUACAGAUCCAAUGGUAUCAGUGAUGAAGCUAGAAAAAGCACCUCAAGAAACAUAUGCUGAUAUUGGUGGUCUAGAUACUCAGAUUCAGGAAAUCAAGGAAUCAGUUGAAUUACCACUCACCCACCCUGAAUACUAUGAAGAAAUGGGUAUUAAACCACCCAAAGGCGUCAUUUUGUAUGGACCACCAGGUACAGGCAAGACUCUGUUGGCCAAAGCUGUUGCCAAUCAAACCUCUGCCACUUUCCUUAGAGUUGUUGGUUCAGAGCUUAUACAGAAAUACUUGGGUGAUGGGCCCAAACUAGUUCGAGAACUUUUCAGAGUGGCUGAGGAACAUGCUCCUUCAAUUGUUUUUAUUGAUGAGAUUGAUGCUGUGGGUACUAAACGUUAUGACUCUAACUCUGGAGGUGAGAGGGAAAUUCAGAGAACUAUGUUGGAGUUACUGAACCAACUGGAUGGCUUUGAUUCCCGUGGUGAUGUUAAAGUAAUCAUGGCAACUAAUCGUAUAGAAACACUUGAUCCUGCACUCAUUCGUCCAGGACGUAUUGACAGGAAAAUUGAAUUCCCUCUGCCUGAUGAAAAAACUAAAAGGAGGAUCUUCACUAUUCAUACAUCCAGAAUGACUUUAGCUGAUGAUGUCAAUCUCUCGGAAUUAAUCAUGUCUAAAGACGACCUUUCUGGUGCUGAUAUCAAGGCUAUCUGUACCGAAGCUGGUCUGAUGGCUUUGAGAGAACGUCGCAUGAAAGUCACUAAUGAAGACUUCAAGAAAUCCAAGGAAAGUGUCCUCUACAGGAAAAAAGAAGGCACCCCUGAAGGACUAUACCUAUAAAUUGAAGUUGUAUUUUCUAUGUUCUGGAUAUCAUUCUACAUAUUGAAACAUUCCCGUAAUUAGGGUUUUGCAAUAUAACAUUUAUGUAACUGCAACUUAUGACAAUUGCUUUGAGUUCAAUAUGUAUAAUGAUAUAGGGAUUAAAAACAGUAUCGUAAUUAAAAGAAAUAAAACCGUUA